UUAAGAACGUGUUCGGUUUCACUUCCCCUCUGGCGAAUGGCUUUACUUAGAGUUUAACUGAAGUUUAAAAGUUGUGCACUGCUUGUAAACAGAAGCAGGAGCUGCAGGAGCUCGUUCGCUCAUGGCUGUGGUCGGCGGUAAGAGCGCAGCGCCGUUCUCCGUGAUCAAGCGCUCGUUGUCUCUGCGCUCGGUGCUCUCCGGCGGGCGGCGCAGUGCGCAGGAAGGGCGGCUGGUGACCCGUGCUUCUCACCCGCUCCGGACUCACCGACACCCCUCCUUUGUGUGCUUCUCCUGCCAGGACUCCAUGAGCGAAACCCUGCGGACCUGCUACGCGUAUCUGAACCAGACCAGCCGGAGCUUCGCGGCGGUGAUCCAGGCCCUGGACGGAGAGCUACGGCAUGCGGUGUGUAUUUUCUACCUGGUUCUGCGAGCUCUGGACACAGUGGAGGAUGACAUGAGCAUCCCGCUGGAGAAGAAGGUCCCAUUGCUGCAGGACUUCCACACGUUCCUCUAUCAGCCGGAGUGGAGCUUCAGCGAGAGCAGAGAGAAAGACCGGCAGGUGCUGGAGGAUUUCCCCACGAUUUCGGUGGAGUUCAGGAACUUGGGCGAGGAGUAUCGCGACGUGAUUUCAGACAUCUGUUACCGGAUGGGUGUGGGAAUGUCCGAAUUCCUGGAGAAGAAGGUUUCAUCCAUGGAGGAGUGGGACAAGUACUGUCAUUACGUGGCGGGUCUGGUGGGGAUCGGACUGUCCCGUCUGUUCUCGGCGUCCCAACUGGAGGACGCUGAGGUGGGCUGGGACACAGAGCUGGCCAACUCCAUGGGUCUGUUCCUCCAGAAGACCAACAUCAUCAGAGACUAUCUGGAGGACCAACAGGAAGGAAGAGCCUUCUGGCCGCAGGAGGCCUGGAGUCAGUUUGCGUCCCGUCUGGAGGAUUUCGCUCGUCCUCAGCACCUGAGCUCUGCCCUGUCCUGUCUCAACCUGCUGGUGACCGAUGCUCUCCAUCACGUCCCAGACGUCAUCGAAUAUCUGUCCCGCCUCCGCAACCAGAGCGUCUUCAACUUCUGUGCCAUUCCUCAGGUGAUGGCGAUAGCGACCCUGUCGGCGUGCUACAACAAUCCUCAGGUGUUUCAGGGUGUGGUGAAGAUCCGGAAGGGUCAGGCCGUGACGCUCAUGAUGCAGGCCACAAGCAUGGGUGCCGUCCAGAGCAUCAUCGCACAGUACAGUCAAGAGAUCCUGCAGAAAGUGUCCGCCUCGGAUCCGUCCCGAGAGAAGACGCUGUGCAUCCUGGGCCUCAUCCGAGAGAAGAGCCUGUCUCCAGCCGCGCUCUCGUCCCGAGCGCACCACAUCUCUCCCGUCUACAUCUCGGCCGCUAUGCUGUUAGCGGCGCUCAGCUGGCAGUACAUGAAUGCCGCGGCCGGACAGCCACCAGGGGGCGCUGACAUGCACGGACACUGAGACCCGGAGCAGCGCUAAACUCACUGCCAAACCACAGAACGAGUCGGGGAUCUUUAGGGAUCUUUCUGUGUCACUCGAUGAUGUUCAGGUCAUUUUCACCCCAAAAUCAAAUGAGAAAACAAUAAGAAAUAGU